AUGAAUCAACUGCAAAGGAUUCUCUCUGCUCGUCGUUUAUCUCCCUCAGUCAUACCUCCGUCGUGUUUUCUUCACCGGCGGUCGUUGUCGACCUCAGAAACCGAUGCUUCGUCGGCAUCGUCUUCCUCUUCGCAUCAUACGAUGCAAACGCCUGAAUUUGUAGCUUCCAGUAAAAGCCGAAGCACACCGUCGACGACAACAUCUUCUCUGAAGGAACAUGAACUCGCCAAAUUCUCCGCCAUUGCUGAUAGCUGGUGGCAUUCUGAAGGGCCGUUUAAACCGUUACAUCUAAUGAAUCCGACUCGGUUGGCUUUCAUCCGCUCCACCUUAUGCAGACAUUUCAGUAAGGAUCCGAGCUCUGCAAGGCCUUUUGAAGGAUUGAGACUCAUUGAUGUAGGUUGCGGCGGCGGACUGCUUUCUGAGCCUCUAGCACGGAUGGGAGCAACUGUUACAGGAGUUGAUGCUGUUGAUAAGAAUGUCAAAAUUGCUCGUCUUCACGCUGAUAUGGAUCCAGUGACUUCGACUAUUGAAUACCAUUGUACCACAGCAGAAAAGCUAGUUGAUGAAGGGAGGACGUUUGAUGCUGUUCUUGCCUUAGAGGUCAUCGAGCAUGUAGCAAACCCUGCGGAAUUCUGCAAGUCGUUGUCAGCAUUGACCAUCCCCAAUGGGGCCACUAUAGUUUCUACAAUUAAUCGCUCUAUGCGAGCAUAUGCAUCAGCCAUUGUUGCAGCCGAGUACAUUCUGAAUUGGCUUCCUAAAGGCACACACCAGUGGUCAAGUUUUCUAACUCCUGAAGAACUUACUAUGAUAUUACAACGUGCUUCAGUCGAUGUGAAAGAGAUGGCUGGAUUUGUCUACAACCCGAUAACGGGAAGAUGGUUAUUGUCAGACGACAUCAGCGUCAACUUCAUUGCUUAUGGGACGAAAAGAAGUGAUCUUGGAGGCAUAUAA